GUGAACAGGACAUUUGAAGUGAUGAGCUGGUCGUAUCUGCAGUAACAUGGAUUCAGAGCCACGGGAUCACUGGUCCAAGUCACAGGAGUGCGGCACACACCCCUGCCCUCCUUACAAUGGACCUCCGUGGGAGGAGCAGAAAGCCGGGCUGUGGGCGGAGCCUCUGAACGGACACCUCGACUUGCGGCUCCAGCAGCUGAUGAUACAGUUGGAAGCGGGAAUGAAGGAGUCAGAGAGAGACCGGGAGGGGGCCGACGGGAAGGCUGGCCGCGCCAAGGACCAGAGCUGGAUUUCCAAGAUCAUAAAGAAACGAGUGUGCAGCACAUUCAUCGCAGACUCUUCCAGCAAUGGAAGGCUCUGUCAGUGUGGCGGCCCCCUGGAAGGGCACGACUCUGUGGCCUCAGCGAACAACAGUGAAGAAGCUGCCGCUCUGCAGUGGGACAGCCAGCAGCAUUCAUCAGAGCAGCCCACAGAUGCGUUUGGGGAGGUGGAGUUUGCAGGAGCCGGAUGCAGGCACAGCCUUUUUCUACGACUUUCAUGUGACACACCAGCUCAGAUCGUCUACACCCUCUUUACCAACCACUGGGGCCUGCCUGCUCCAAACCUGGUGGUGUCAGUGGUAGGAGGUGAAGGCCACGACACAAUCAAGCCAUGGGUGAGAGACAUCCUCAGGAACGGACUGGUCAAAGCAGCAGAGACCACAGGGUCUUGGAUUCUGACCGGGGGCCUCAGAGAAGGCGUUUCCCGCUGUGUGGGUGAAGCUGUGAGAAACCUCGGUGCUGCAGCUUUGAAUUCAUCUGCUAAAAAAGUGAUCGCCGUAGGAGUGGCCCCGUGGGGCAUGGUCCAGAAUAGACAGCAGCUUGUCAACCCCCAGGGGAGCUUUCCUGCCCGAUAUUACGUUCAGAACAAGUCACGAGACUCCAACUAUUUGGACAACAACUGCAAAGCCUUCCUCCUGGUGGAUGAUGGGAGUGUGGGCCGCCGGGGGGCAGUGGAGGAAUUCCGGGCUAACUUGGAGGACUACAUCUCCCAUCAGCGCACAGGCAUCUGGGGAAGUGGUGGAAUUGAAAUCCCAGUUCUGUGCAUGCUCAUUUCUGGAGACGCCUGCAUGCUGCAGAGGGUGAAGCGCUCCCUGGAAAAAUCCAUUCCCUGGUUGGUCCUGGCAGGUUCUGGUUCGGCUGCGGAUCUCAUCAGUGAGGUGUUGAGCUGUCUGUCUGACGUCAUCCACAAUCCAACCACUCUGUCCUCAGAGGGGGCAACUCCUGAAGCCCUCAGUGCCGAUUCUAGAGAGAUGGUCCGUGAGAAGGUCCGGAAAUACUUUCCCACUGAAACGAAGGUGGAGGAGCUGGUGGAACAUCUUCUCAGUAUUUAUCAGAACCGAGAUUUCAUCACUGUUUUUCACGGUGAAACCGAAGGCUCUGAAGACUUUGACACUGUCCUCCUCAGAUCUAUUCUUGGAGCGAGUAAACGAGUCUGCAACAAAGCCAUCGAGUGGAUUGAAGAGCUGAAACUGGCGGUGGCGUGGAACCGAGUGGACAUCGCCAAAGCUGAGCUUUUCAAUGGAGGCAUAGAGUGGAGUUACCAUGAACUGGAGGACUCCAUGACAGAUGCUCUGGUCAACGACAAGCCCCAGUUUGUGCGUCUCUUCUGUGAAAAUGGUCUGAAUAUCCUGGAUUACCUGACUUAUGACCGCUUGGAAAAGCUGUACAACAAGCUGUCGGACACGUCGCUGGCUUACGAUCUGCUCCAGAGACGGCUGAGCGAGAGGCAGGACCUGGCUGGGUCUGGGUCCCUCGUGAAUGGAGCAGCAUCAGCAUCUCUGUCGGGCUCCCAGAGUCUGAUGACGAGCUCUGCUUCAGGAGUGCAGAUCAGCCUGUUUGAGGUGUCUCGGCUGCUGUGGGACCUGUUAGAGGACGUCUGUCAACCCUUCUACUAUGGAGUUUUGGGCCUUGAUCACAAAAUGAGUCCAAGAGCGGCUUUGAAGCAAGUCCACAAGUUGCUGCUGCAGGACUGUGAUUACCGGCGUCAGCGCUGCCGCUCGCCCUGGACGGCCCUCUUCAUCUGGGCUGUCCUGCAGAACCGCCAUAAAAUGGCUAUUUUCUUCUGGGAGAUGGCAGGGGAGUCUGUGAUGAGCGCUCUGGCGGGCUGCAAGAUCCUGAGAGAGCUUUCAAAGCUGGAGGAUGAGACUGAAAGCAAGAUGGCCAUGAAGAAACUGGCUCAGAAGUUUGAGGACCUAGCGCAUGAUGUGUUUGGUAAAUGUUACCAGAACAGCGAGACUUUGGCCUUCACUCUCCUCAUAAGAAGGUCACCUGUGUGGGGAAAAGCCACCUGUCUGCAGAUGGCCACAGCGGCCGAUGCCCGCAAGUUCUUCAGCCAGGACGGCGUUCAGCUCCUGCUGUCUCAGAUCUGGUGGGGUCACAUGGAGAGGAACACGGAGGUUUGGAAGCUGAUCCUCACCUUCUUCUUCCCCCCUCUGCUGUGUACCAAAUUCAUCAGCUUCAGGGAGGAGGAGGAGGAGGUGAACCCUGAAGUUGCCCUUCAGGGCUUGGACACUGACUGCACGGAUGGGAAUGAGGGUUCUGUCUUCUCCCUUGCUGACAUUGUUCAAAGUGAGGAAGAUGCAGAGGAGCUUAGAGCUCUGAAAGAAAACCUGCCAGGCGCUCCAAAACCCAAUGCCAAGAGGCCGUUGGCUGUUCAGCGGUGGAGGCAGUUCUGGUUCGCUCCGGUGACCUCCUUCCUGGGAAACGUGCUGAUGUACUUCCUCUUCCUCGGCCUGUUUGCCUAUGUGCUGCUGGUGGACUUCAAGGCCCCGCCCCCCGUUGGGCCCAGCCCUACGGAGAUUGUCCUUUAUUUCUGGGUUUUUACCUUAGUGUGUGAAGAGAUCCGACAGACCUUCUUUGUAGAUGGUUUGUUUUUGCUUCAGAAGAUGAGGAACUACAUCCAGGAUGUUUGGAACAAGUGUGACCUCACAGCCAUCUUUCUCUUCAUCUUGGGCCUGUGCUGCAGAAUGUUCCAUGCCUCAUAUUAUUUCGGCAGAGCUGUGAUGGCGUUGGAUUUCUUGGUUUUCACUCUUCGUCUGAUCCACAUCUUUGCUGUUCACAAACAACUUGGACCUAAGAUCAUCAUAGUUGGCAAAAUGGUGAAGGACGUUUUCUUCUUCCUGUUUUUCCUGGCUGUUUGGCUCCUGGCCUACGGCGUGGCCAAUCAGGCUCUACUUUACUCAUACGACCCUCGCUCAACCUGGAUAUUCCGCCGCGUGUUUUACAGACCGUAUUUGCACAUUUUUGGACAGAUUCCCAUUAAUGAAAUGGACGCUGAUAAACUGGACAGCGUGAACUGUACAAACGAUGUGACCAAGAUCGAAGCUGGAGCUGAACCCUGCAUAGACACCUAUGCAAACUGGCUGGUUGUCCUCCUCCUUGUUAUCUACCUGCUGUUUACCAACAUAGUGUUGGUUAACAUGCUCAUUGCCAUGUUCAGUUACACCUUCUCCAAAGUGCAGGAGCACAGUGACACCUACUGGAAGUAUCAGCGUUAUAACCUGAUCGUGGAGUACCAAUCAAGGCCAUGCCUGCCACCGCCCUUCAUCAUAAUCUCACACAUCAACCUUUUUAUCAAGAGACAUAUCCGGCGCAUUCCUUCAAUCAAGAGCCAGUACUUUGCUCUAGAGCUGCGAGGCAAGAAGGUUGGUCAGCUCAACGUGUGGGAGGCUGUUCAGAAAGAAAACCUGCUCACGGCUCAGAACAAGUCUGAGAGGGAGAGCGACAGCGCACGGCUCAAACGCACAUCCAUGAAGGUGGACAAUGUCUUGAAACAAAUAGCAGAGAUGCGGGACCACGAUCGAAGGCUGCAGCUGCUGGAGACUCAGCUAGAGUACUGCUGCAGCUCCCUCUCCUGGAUGACAGAGGCUCUGUCUCACAGUAACAUGAUCAGCACCAGUCGGCCUGCUCCUCAGCUCAAAGAUCAUGUUCCGCUGUCAAAGAGAUGACCCGCCACACCACCAUGACCAGGAUCACACUCACAACAACUGCUGCUUUUCCUGACUUUAAAUAUGGACUGACUGCAGAGCUUACCCAGCUCUUUCCUAAGCAGAGAAGAUGAGAAUGAUUCCUGUAUGAUUACAUUUAAACUCUCAGGCUGAAUAGAUUACAAACUUUCCUCAGGGCUGCUGAAGACAACUUUGUUUAAUUUGUAAUGUUGCUUCAGCUGUAAAUUAAAUCUGAAUUUUGCUUUGCUGGGAUAAUACAAGCAUGACUCUUACUGCCUUUUAUACUCCCAACAGUGGAAGCUGUAAGUUCUGAAAUGUGCAGAUUUUCAUAAUUAAAGAGAUGUAAAAAAAA